AUGCUCAGAUCCCGCGUCGGCCCCGCCAUCGCCGCCACUGCUCUCAUCGGCGGCGGCAUCUACUGGCAGACGCGCGGCGGCAAGCAGCAGCCAGCAGGGCGGGCCCUGAAGGAGCCGCGCGACCAGACCGACAUCUCGGGCCGGCUGGAGGCGGCAGCCGGCACGGGCGGCGCCGCGGCCAAGCCCAGUCCCCCGCCGGGGGGUGGCGGCGAUGUCGAGCCGCGCACGCAGACCCGCAUCUACAGCCACACGCCCGGGACGCCGUCCAAGAAGGAUCCCGGGAAGGCGCGCGAGGGCGCCGCCGAGGACUUGGGGCCGGUUAGUCCAAUGCAGGCGGGGAAGCAUGCCGGCGAGCCGGAAGAGGGGCUGCGGGAGAGGACGAGGCAGCAGUAG